UGGGCAUGCCUCUAAUGUAAACGCUGGCAGGAAUGCGACUGUAUAGUUUCCUUGAACUGUCGACAUCUGCGGCACCAUCUGCACAACCCUCUUUUAUCCCCUGGGGCAACUGGAAAGCCCCGAGGAUAGGCAGUAGAGUGGUUAGCCUUUACCUGCCGUAGUGCUGACAGUGUUGUGGUACGUCGAGUUCCCCCUGUCUUUUCUCAAGUAGUCAGUGGUUUGACAGAGUUGUGGCAUCUAGUGUGCAUGUCUGAAACAAAGACGAUAUCACCAUCAGAAAAACAUGGCAAUCGGGUCAGCUCUUAGUGAGCCGUGUGCUGACCUCUCGUUAACCCUGCGAUGCAGACAGCAGGCCAAACACAUCAUAGGGUGUCUCCAAGCAGAGGUGAUCAUCAUUUGUGGUGGUGACAAAGAUGAGAUUAGACAAGACAUGAAAAAUCCAGUUUGUGUUAUAUUCACAUUUGACAUAAUCCUCCUGGUCCCUCCUCACAUACUGCUUAAACUAAUCACUGGAGUGCCAUCAUAUGUCACAAUGAUGUCAUCCUCAGAAGCUUCAGAAGCUUGAACUUGUGAUGUGAUGACACUGACAUCUUGCCUACUUUAGCUACGCAGACCCUCCCUCUUUACGCACUUGUAAAAGUUUCUGAUUGAGAAAUGCAUUUCCUGUGACUUUGCCAGCUUCCUGCUUGAAAAUAUUGUUGCAAAAAGACAGCAUGGUCCGAGGAGCAGUUGGCAAUUGUUAUGACACAAUUCUACAUCAAAAUGAAGAGAAAGGUGGUGAAAACAGUUAAUAAGAAAAGUUUAUCACAGACUACUUUAUAGGGAUUAUUCUCUAUAAACUGUGUCAAAGUGUAUGCUGACCUCAGUGUUUAAAUCACUUUUACGCAUGCCUGACAUGGUUUUCUAAAUUCAGCGAUUUAAAUAUAUCACAUUUCUAGUAUAUUUUUCCAUGCUCAAAUAAAAAGGAAGUACCAUUAAAAAUACUCUGUGCUACACUACAUGGUCACUAAUAAUAAUAAUAAUAAUUAGACAACGUCCCUACAUGCCUGCUCUGUGACCAGACAUGUAGGAACGUGGCCCAUGUGUCUAAUAUAGAGGAAAGAGAAAAAAAAAUGCACAACUGACAUUCUGGGAAAUUUGGUUGCCUCACAAAGUGCACGUCAUUUCCUCCUGUGACAAAUGUGUGGUUUCUGUCUUUUGAAAAAAAGUUUUAAAGGAGUGUGAUUAUGAGGAGUCCGUGCAAUUCGCCUGUGAUUCUGAGAGGAGAAUGAAUGGUCAUGUAAAGAGUAUGCCUUUUCAACAGUUUAUGGAAAAAGCAACAACGUUACUCUCUCUCCUGCUGGUUAUGGCUGUUGAUUCAUCAAGAACUGUGGCAGCAAGCAGAAACCAGCAGUGUGGGAAUUCUCUGCUGCAGACUUUGAAGCUAACCAGACUGGUACAGAAGGAAUCUGUCGACCUAAUCAAAACAUAUAAAGCCUCUCAAGGAGAAAUGCCAGAGCUCAUCUGCAAGGUGUCCGUUAACAACGUCCCUGACCCCAACAUCUCCGGCCUGGAGCCGUCAGAGAGGCUAAUGAGCGUCUACACACAUCUCCAAGACUUCUUCCCACAUCUCAAACGGGUGUACGAGCAGCAGACAGACUUACAGUCACCCACGAGCCCGCUGCUGACGGACAUCAGCCGUGUCAACGCUAGCAGCAGGAACCUGGCUGCUCUCAUAAACGACUUCUAUCAGUGCCUCUUCCCAAACCUGCCUGUACCAGAGCCAGCAGGAGGGCCGACAACACUACCUCCAUCUCAGAACGUCUUCCAGCAGAAGGUCUACGGCUGUGUGGUCCUGAAGACCUACAAGGAGUUGCUGUCAAAUGUUUCUGGAGAACUGAGGACUCUAAAAAGCAAAGUUUCCAGAAGGAGGAUACAAAUGAACACACUUUUCUGAGGAUGACCUAAGGCUGGUCAGUUUUCAACAACAUAAUUAAAGACUUUAAAAGAUAAGUGAGUAUGAAGGUGGCUGGUACAUCAGU